UCCCAAAAACAACAAAAAUGAAGAACCACAUUGCAAGAAUGAAGAAGAACAAGAACAAGAACAAAGAAGAUAGCCACAAGCCAUUCCCAUGGCCUAAUCUUCCCCCCCAAAUCACUACCCUAUUAGCCAUACACCCCACCCUGAUGCACAACAUCACCGCCUUCGGCUGCCUCGCCGCAAAGUCGUGGAGAUCGCCUCCGAAACAAUGCACCAAAUCCCGGUCGCCACUCUUGGUCGAAAUCGAUAUGAAGGAGCUACGAGGCCGUUCCCACGUCGUCGACAUUCAGUUCCACGAAAAGUUUCCCUACUGCUACUACAAGAGAAGAUCAUACAACAACUACUUCUGCCCCGGGCGACGUUUCAAAGGAUGCACCGGUGGAUCGGUGGUCGUCGCGGGAUCGAAUUCGUGUGAUUUAUAUUUGUGGAAUCCGGCGGUGCAAAGCUACUACUACUUGUCGAAAUGGGACUCGAAUAUCCCUUUCAAGACUUGUGUUAUAUCAUCGCCGUUUUUGUCGUUUCAAAAGCAUCGUAACGGCGUGUUGGCGAUUACCGGAAUGUGCUCCCCUGCUUUAGGGUUUUACAAAUGGGGGGAGCCUUGGAUUCUUCGAAAUUGCGUCGUCGAAGAGCCUUACGCUCCCGGGCAAUGUAUGAGUUUUACGAACGUCGUAGGCCACGGCGGGAAGUUCUAUGCGUUGAGCUUGCAAGGAAGUGUUGCGGUGAUCGAGGGGGUCGAGAUCACGGCGAUCGGGGCGAAUCGGGCGGUUCCUUCGGGUUUGUCGAGGCAAUUUAGGGAGUAUUUGUUUGAGGUGGAUGGGGAGAUAUUGUUGGUUCUACUUGUGUCGAGAAAGUCGAUCGAUGUCGUCGAUGAUGUCGAGGUGUUUAGGCUUGAUGUUGGGAAGCUUUUGUGGGUGAAGGUGAAGAGUAUUGGAGAGAAGGCAUUAUUUGUUGAGGAUGAAUGUUGUAUGGGAGUUGUUGCAAGAAGUGUUGGAUGUAAGAAGAAUUGUGUGUACUUCACACAUCAUAGGACUAAUGUUUGGUGGAAAUUUGAUAUGGGAAAUGGGCAUAUUGAAGGUGCAUCUUCAAGAAAUGGUGAUGGAAAUCAAGAAUUUGAGAAGUGGGAGGAACCUAAUUUGGAAAUGGAAUGAUUCAAUGAAAGACAAAAGUCGCAUAAGUCGCGUACAUUGUGUGCUAAGAUAUCAUAUAUUGUAUUAUAAUAUAAAAUAUAUUGUAUUAUAAAUAUGUAAAAUAUGUAAAAUAUAUAUAUUUUUUUAUAUAUAUUA